GCCGGAGGGGCAUCGGGCAGGGGGGGCGACCCUGGCGCAGAGCCGGCUGCGGCGCGGAACUCACAGUACUGCCCUGCCGUCCCCGCUCUACGAGCCAUGGCGGUGGCUGCUCUCCGGCCUCGGUGCCUCCUUCUGCCUCGGCUGCGGUUGCUGCUGCUGCUGCUGCUGUUGCUUUUGCAGCGGGCAGGUCCUGUGCGCGCCGACAGUAAGGUGUUUGGUGACCUAGACCAGGUGCGGAUGACUUCGGAGGGCUCUGACUGCCGUUGCAAAUGCAUCAUGCGGCCACUGAGCAAGGAUGCAUGCAGCCGGGUGCGCAGUGGACGUGCUCGGGUGGAGGACUUCUACACUGUUGAGACCCUCAGCUCAGGGAGUGACUGCCGCUGUUCCUGCACUGCCCCACCCUCCUCACUCAACCCCUGUGAGAAUGAGUGGAAGAUGGAGAAACUCAAAAGGCAGGCACCGGAACUCCUCAAGCUGCAAUCCAUGGUGGAUCUCCUGCAGGGCACUCUAUACAGCAUGGACCUGAUGAAAGUGCACGCCUAUAUCCACAAGGUGGCCUCCCAGAUGAACACAUUGGAGGAGAGCAUCAAGGCCAACCUGAGCAGGGAGAAUGAGGUGGUGAAGGACAGUAUGCGCCACCUCAGUGAACAGCUGAAAAGCUAUGAGAACCAGUCGUCGAUCAUGAUGAGCAUCAAGAAGGAGCUGUCCAGCCUGGGCCUCCAGUUACUGCAGAGGGAUGCGACCACUGUCCCCGCCACCGAUCCAGCCUCAGGUCCUAACAGCAAGGCUCAGAACACAGCUGGAGGGCAAAGCAAGGAACAAAACAAAUAUGGCAGCGUGCAGAAGAACUUUGCAGACAGGGGCAUUGCAAAGCCUCCUAAGGAGAAGCUGCUGAAGAUGGAGAAGCUGAGGAAGGAGAGCAGCAAGGACAGAUUCCCCCAGCCCACGGCCAGGCCACGGGCCCUGGCCCAGCAGCAGGCUGUGAUCCGAGGAUUCACCUACUACAAGGCGGGCAAGAAGGAGGCCAGGCAGGAAGUACCUGAGGCCAUGACUGACAACAUCCUCAAGGGCACGUCCUGGCUAGAGAAAAUGCCACCCAAGGUGGAGGGUAAGCCCCCAGAGCCUAACUCUGCUGAACAAGAUGAUGCCAGGCUGCCAUCUUCAGAAGGAGCCAACUCGGCCCCUGGCAUCUCCACCUCCACCUCUACUUCCACCACCUCCACCACCACCACCACUGUCACCACCACCACUCCAGCUCCCACUACCUCUUCCCGGCCCACCGAGCUACCUUUGCCACCAGAGGUCCCCAGCCAAGGCAGGGAGGCUAGCUGUGAGGGCACCCUCCGGGACGUGGACCCCCCUGUGAAGCACCACAGCUAUGGACGCCAUGAGGGGGCCUGGAUGAAGGACCCCACAGCACUAGAUGACAGGAUCUACAUCACCAAUUACUACUAUGGAAACAGCCUGGUGGAGUUCCGCAACCUGGAAAAUUUCAAACAAGGCCGCUGGAGUAACAUGUACAAACUACCCUACAAUUGGAUUGGCACAGGCCACGUGGUAUACCAGGGUGCUUUCUACUACAACCGUGCCUUCACCAAAAACAUCAUCAAAUACGACCUGCGCCAGCGCUUUGUGGCAUCCUGGGCACUGCUGCCUGAUGUGAUCUAUGAGGACACCACUCCCUGGAAGUGGCGUGGCCACUCAGACAUUGACUUUGCUGUUGAUGAGAGUGGACUGUGGGUCAUCUACCCAGCUGUGGAUGAGCGCGAUGAAACCCAGCCUGAGGUGAUUGUGCUGAGCCGGCUUGACCCAGGAGACCUCUCUGUGCACCGGGAGACCACAUGGAAGACACGGCUGCGGCGGAACUCCUACGGGAACUGCUUCCUAGUGUGCGGUAUCCUGUAUGCCGUGGACACUUACAACCAGCACGAAGGCCAGGUGGCCUAUGCCUUCGACACCCACACAGGCACUGACGCUCACCCACAGCUGCCCUUCCUCAAUGCAUACUCCUACACCACCCAGAUCGACUACAAUCCCAAGGAGCGAGUGCUUUAUGCUUGGGACAAUGGUCACCAGCUCACCUACACCCUCCACUUUGUGGUCUGAGUGGGGACCUGUGCUCACAGAGGGAGCAGCAGAGGGGAAAGGGACUCCCCACAGCAACUCCUGCAACUGAUAUUUAUUGGGACGUCCUAGGGCUAGGCGUUGGCUGUGGUGGUUGCCAGGACAGUGUUUCCUCAGCACCCAGCAGGUGACACUUGCUUCCACCACAGCACUGUGCCAGGGGCUUUUCCUGUACUUACCCUUUGAAUCCUCCAACUGCCUCCCUCGGAGGCAGAGAUCCUUAAGCCUAUUGAACAAAUGAGGUGACUAAGGCCCAGGGAGGCAGCAUCCCAAAAGGAGGAGGGCAGGCCGUGUUCUCAUAAUAGCCCCAUUUUAUAAAUGAGAUGGCUUUGUUCUUCCCUCCUCUAGUCCUCUCACCUAGUCCCACAUCCUCUCUCCUCUCUCUUUCCAGACCGCUACAAAACCUUAGAGAUCGUUAGGACCUAUGCAAUGGGGUUCUGCAACUCCAGGCCCCUGUUCUGGAUGAACAUUAGCAACCUUGGUCUUAGAGUUUUUUGACCAGUGUCCCUGCAUCUUGCCUGUGGUUAGCCCCUUGUCCUUCCCUGCUCUACUGUCUGGCCACAUUCCAGAAGUUCACCAUCAUAGCCGCCACACCCUGGAGCAAACACAGGCUGGGCCUGUGGCCCUCCCUCCUUAGCCACUCCUCUUCCUAAUGUUUCUCACUUAUUUCUCAACAGCUGAGAAGGUACAAGCUGCUCAGCUCUGGCAGGGUGGGGUGCUGGCCUGAACCCCUGCCACCCACUUCUGGACCUCUCCUUCUCCAGCUACUCCCAGAGCCUUGGGCCUGGGGUUCUUUCUGGACCUUCAAAGUCACAGCCUCUUCAUCCUCAGGUCUUCCAGGAGAGAGGCCUUCAUCCCAGGCCAGGAUGGUGCUAGGCUGGAGCAGUUUCCCUUGCCCUUGUCAAUCUUGAUCUGACCAUUUGCUGGGCUGACUCAGCAGCCUGGGAAUCUAGGGGAGACAGAUCAGAAAGGUGCAGGGGAAAAGAUUUUGGGCCUUCAGGUUGCAGGGAAAAAGCCCCAGGGACAGGUAGACUGAGGGUCUGAACACCAGGCUUUUCCUGACUUUGAGGUGUUAAAGCUAGUCCCAAGGCCUGAACUUGGGACUGUGGACACACAGUGAGCAUGUACAAGCUACCCUGCACCUGGAUUGGCACCUGUCCUAGAGCUGCUGGUGGUUCCUAGAGCCUCUAGAUCCAGACAGCCCAGAGAACAAGACCUUCAAGGCUGCCCCUGUCUGCUGUGGGCAUUAUCUUUGGAGCUAGAAAGUUCUGUUGCCCGUCUCCUUGUUUUACCAAAGAAAAAAUAGUCCCAGAAAAAUCUAGGCUGUGGCGUGAAGUUACCUAGGGGACAGGUAUAGCUGAUAUCCCUUGGGAGGUUCCUUUAUCCUCCAAGCUGGGUAACAGCUUUGCCUGCAAAGGCAACAGAAACCCCAGCCCCUGCACCCAAGCUCCAGCACCUUUGAAGGUGUCUACCACUGACUCCUACCCAGCCCCUUGACCCUGUACCCACUCCUGGGAUAUCUUGCAUUGGAAUACCAGUUGCUCUGUUAGGAAAUCAUUCUGCAGAGCUGUAGGAAAGGGAGAUUCACAUCCUGUGCAGACUUCAUAUCUUUCAAGCAUUGUCAGGUGAUCUUUUGCUUAAGGAAUAACUUGCCCCUGAAAUAAACAGGGACCGUGACACCCAGUCAAGUCAGGUUUGACUCACAGUGGUAGCUACGUCCAGCCUCCUCCACCCAGUUGACUGCCACAGGCUCCUCUUUCAGCCUCUGCAGGGGCCUAGGAGGCCCCAGCCUUUCCCUUGGUCCUGGGUGUGGAUUUUACAAGACUGUGUGUUUUGUGAUGUCACAGCCAAACCAUGUGAGAAGUGCUUAGGCCACUCUUUCUGUAGCAAUCUGAGAAAAGGGGUUAGAACACAUUCGUUUUGAGAAGUAAACAUACAGCAUAGUUUUCUGGGGUGGGAGACAGGGCCAAUCACAGUCCCCAACCAUUCUCAGGACUCCUGUUAUCAGGCCUUUGUGAGUGUGUUAUAAUGGUAAAUAGGGUUCUUUUCCUCAUUUAUAGAUGAUCACACUGGAUCCCAGACAAGUCACUUGUCACAGGCCAAUUGAGGAGAGUCAGGUUUCAAAAUCAGGUAAUAGAACCUGUCACUUAUCAGAAAUAUCAAUGUGCUGAACAUGCAGCAUUCACAGCCUUCUUAGAGCAGAAAGUACAGCCUUUAAAAGGGCCCAUUCCUCGGGCGCGGUGGUGCACGCCUUUAAUCCCAGCACUCAGGAGGCAGAGGCAGGCGGAUCUCUGUGAGUUUAAGGCCAGCCUGGUCUACAUAGUGAGUUCCAGGACAGCUGGGGCUACAGGGAGACCCUGUCUCAAAAAGACCAAAAAAAAAAAAAAAGGCCCAUUUGACAGAUGAAGACAAUGUCAGAGAGGGAUUUACCCAGGGUCACAUGGCAGCUUUGUCUGUGGCGGCUAGGGGUUCAAACCUGCUCAGAGCAGGUUCUCUGCCAUCUUAAAUAAUGGUAGUUGCUGUUGUCCAACGUGGCCAGGGUAAGAGCCCUCAGGAAGGAGGCUGAGAUACAGAGCCUUGCACAACAAGCCAAGGAGUAGUCACCUCCAGCCACACCUGGUUUAAAGCGGAGUAUAAAUUAACAGAGCAAAGGAAAUUCUUGGAUGAAUUGGAUUUCAUCCUGUUGGUGAUGGGAAGCAGGGAAGGGUUUUUGCUGGGGGAGCACCCACCAGAAUAUCUGUAAGCUCUAAAGUAAACUUGACUCA